UGCUUCGUCCACCUAUUAGCGGUCUGGCGACAGCAAUUGAGCACACCAGGAAAGUUGUCAAGGUGAGGCACCUGAGAAGAGAAAUGAAGGUCUGGAAAGAUCUCAAACACCCCAAUAUUGUUGAGUUUAUUGGUUAUGCAAUAGAGCACGAAGUUGGUGGAGUUACUGCUGCUCUGGUGUCGCAAUGGUGCGCCAACGGGAAUGUUGUGAAGUACCUGGAACAGAAUCCUGCUGCCGAUCGUGAGAUGCUACUCAAUAUCCUAAUCAACGACACGGGGCGUGCCCAAUUGUGUGAUUUCGGACUAUCCCGUAUCCUUGACGGUCUUCCGACAGGGCAAACAACUUCUGAUCAAGGAGGAACACUCCGAUUCCUGGCGCCAGAGUUAUUAGAGAGCUCUGAGGAAGAUUCUCAUCCUACUACAAAGAGCGACGUUUACGCUUUUGGUGCACGUCGAUCGGAACUUACCGUGGCAUCUCGAAGAUUCUCUUUGAUCAUCCACCAUACCAUUGGCUGAAAAGGGACGUUGAAGUUUUGAAGGCAAUCGAACACCAAGUUGCCCCUUGGGCCUGGUCCGAUAAGCCCUAGAGCAACUGCUAGCCUCUUGCUGUUCAGCAAGUGCGACCCGCCUUUAAUGUCUCAGAUAGUUGCUUCUGGUCUGCUUGGCCCCUCAUAGCUCAGAAUAAU